AUGCUGGGCGAUGGUAGCUUCGCUGACCUAUCCGAAGCGUUGAAAGCGGUGAACGCUGCACCGUCCUAUUUCAACGACCAAUACAUUACGGAACAAACAUUUCGAGUUCCUUCAAACAACUCUACUGCCUCCUCGUCACCCUUUACCCCUGGAAUUUCUAUCUUGAGACCCAAGCUCGGCAGCCGUUUUUCGAGAGAAGUCAUCCGAACUUUGAAAGAUUGGCUUGCAGUUCAUCAUCAACAUCCAUAUCCAAACGAGAAUGAGAUGCUUGCUCUGCAAAAUAGGACUGGGCUUAACAAAGCGCAACUAACCAACUGGUUUGCAAACGCGCGAAGAAGGGGUAAGGCGCAAAGCAUGCGUCCGGGAUCACCUCAAGCCCAUGAAAAGCCCACAUCGCCCAUAGAUAUAAUUCACAGGCCAGGCACUCCAGCUAUAAUAAGCUCACAUGGUUACAAAGACCCGAUGCAGCGUUGGGUAGAGUCGCCACCUGAACAUGAACCCGCCGCUGCAAGUGAUAUUGCUCGCGCUAUGGCUUCUACCUCUCAGACCAUUGAUGAACCGUGUUGUGUCUUCUGUGGAGCUGUCACACCAGAUGAUGCGCAUGUUGAAGCUCAUCAUUACUCGGCGUGUCAAGAGCGCAACCUUCGCGAAAGGACAUUCCACCGAAAAGAUCACCUUGUUCAGCAUUUGCGAUUAGUUCAUGCCGUCGAGUUUUCAGAGUGGUCAAUGGCUUCCUGGAUGCUGCCUAUACCUGACGUUCGGUCGAGAUGCGGAUUUUGCGGCAUCACUAUGAAAACUUGGCUAGAAAGAACCGAUCAUCUCGCAGAUCACUUCAAGUCCGGCACAACUAUGGCUAGCUGGCAAGGAGACUGGGGUUUUGAUAGUUUUAUCGAGCCUUUGCUAGAGACCGCAAUGCCCCCAGCAGAUCUUAUUGAAUGGGAAAGAGGCACAUUGAUACCUAUGAAAGGAAGCGACCCGUCGUGGGGCACGCCGCCCAAUGCUUACGAGCUGCUCAAGGUCGAGACAGAGUUUUUCAUUCAGCGAUAUUUUGAUGAGAAUGGUCACCUACCUGAUAACGAUGCUAUCCAACUCGAGGCUUGUCGCAUCAUCUUUGCUGCCGAGACUACCUCUGGUACAAACUCACAGGGAACAGAAAAACAGCAUAGGGUUUCUUGGCUGCGAGAUCUUGUCAUGUCGUCUCCGGCAUUGACAGAGCGCGCUAGGUUCCAGCCCGUGCGAUCAGCUCGUGAGAGCAGGCAUUUCCCGCUGAGAAUCAAUGCUAAAGGUCAUCUAUUCGAGCAUUGCCCUAUGGAGGCGCGGCUUAUUAGCUUCGUCAUGGACCAAACAGUAGCAGGCCUUGUGCCUACUGAUGCACAGCUGCAUAACGAGGCAUGUCAGAUUGUGAGGCAGAUGGAACAAGAGACUACUACACCAUCGGAUGUAUUUGCCAACUGGGUCGUAAAAGGCAUCUACUCAGCAGCAAAUUGGCUUGCAAAUUUCAAGCAACGAGCAGCGAUACUUGAUGUAUCUGGCACUAUCGGUGCUCUCUCAAGUCACGCAGCUGAUACUUUGUGCGCCCCUUUGUGGGCACAGCCACUUCAUGCAAAUGCUUUGGAAUCGGUACUAGACACAACGAAUCAACCUCAGGAGACCUAUGACUUCUUCAAGCCGUUGCCGGCAUUCUCAGAAGGCUCUUCCGCUAUACCUUCACCUACAACUCAGUCCGACAGUUACGGCCGAGUUCGAACGCUACUACCUGAUGACGCCAACUUUUACCGCAUCUUCGACAGUGAUAUGAGACGCUGGGCCGCGUCCACUCUUUCGCCCAAGAACCCGAAUUGCCAUGUGCCAUCUGAUGAAGAGAUACAACAUCAGGCGCGGUGGAUCAUGUACGAUAGCGACGACCAAUGGAAUCAGACUCCUGCGGAUUUCCCGGUGUGGUUGUCGCGAUUCAAGAAAGAAGUUGGCAUUACGACAGAUGUCGAAGUCGUUGAUCCCACGGAGUUGGUAACGCCAGGGAAAUGA